UAUGAUGAGUUACUGUGGAUAUCUAUCAAUGUUUCCUCCAUUUACCGGGGCGAUGAGAAGAUAUGCAGAAGACUUCGACCACCUCCGGGAUUUGUGCAUGGACAGAAUUAAAGAACAUCAAAGAACGUAUGUAAAAGGAGAAAUUCGAGAUUUCAUUGAUAUUUUUAUAGAAGAGAUGAAAAAAGAAGAUCAUGAUGAAACAUUCCGGGAGGAUCAGUUGGCUCUCUUAUUACGUGAUUUUCUAGAUGCCGGAUCACAGGCGGUGUCUUUUACCCUUGAGUGGUGCAUGAUUAUUCUCGCGAAGAAACCUGAAUAUCAAAAGAAGAUAAGAGAAGAGUCUGAUGCAAUAGUAGGUCAAAACAACCCCGUGGUGAUGACCCAUCGCGAUAAAAUGCCAUUCACUCAAGCUUUCAUAUUCGAAGUGAUGCGAACAUGCACAAUUGUUGCUUUGAGUCAUGUUUGCGCUGUCGAGGAAGGUGUUCAAGUUAACGGAUACACGCUACCGAAGAACACACCGAUAUUAUCGGUGACAUCUGCUGUUCACAACGACCCAAGAUAUUUCAAAAAACCAAAAGAAUUCAGACCGGAAAGAUUUAUCAAUCCGACCGAUGGUUCGUUUCAGAAAUCAAAAUACUGGAUGCCUUUCUCUCUGGGACGUCGAAGUUGUGCAGGAUAUCAGAUGGCCCAUGUUGAAAUAUUCGUCAUUCUGGUUAAUCUUGUCCGAUCCUUUGACAUUGCAGCGGAUGAUGAAAAAAACAUCCCGAAUCUGAACGACGGUGAGCAUGGCGUUCUUUACCUGCCACCGCCGUUUGAAAUGAGAGCUACAGAACGAGUAGACGGAAAUUGUUGAGAUCUUGUAAAUCAGCUGUCGACUUUAUUCAUAUGUGCUAAUCAACUCAGUCAUGUCUGUUAUUAAUAAUGGUGAUUCUAUUUUUCAAGUCAUAUACUCACGUAAUAUUUUUUAUGCAUCUGAAUGGAUUUGAAUAAAUUAAAUUUUGAGGAUAUGGAUGUAAUUUUUCUUGUAGUAUUCAAUGAAUUUUUUAUUGUAAAUGAUGAUCACAUCAUAAAAUGUAUUUUUGAUUUAAUGUGUAUUUGUAUAAUUUUCAAAAUAUAACAUAGUGUUGAAUAUUUAUUGUACCAAUUGCAGAUAUUUCCUAGUUUACCAAACAACAAAGCAAUGGUCAAGCAUAUGAAAAACAAAGUCUAAAAAACGUAGUUCAAUAAAUUGACCGACCUAUAUCAUUUUCAGGAUAUAUUUAAAAAUUAAAAGCCAUGCAUACAUUUAUUUUUUUAAACAAAUCAUCGAUAUUUUUAUUUAAAUCUCAGUUCGAAAUCUUAAUCAGAACAAAUACUCAAAAUUUAACCGCCAUUUUGAAUCUAAUAUAUGAAUGCCAUUAUGUUCAUCAUAUCCAUUCGUGCAAGACUUGAACUUUACAGUGUCAAGGAAACAAAUGAGAAAAUGGAUGAAUAUAUUCGAACAAGGUCAAAAAUCGAGAUAUCUAUUCUAUGUGAUACAUAUAAGUAAGAAAUGGAUUCACGAGUUGUAGAUGUAUAUAUCAAUAUUUGUUUCAGCUUACUUAUGUUGUUUUACGUAAGAUCCACCAUUAACUGCUCUU